AUGGCGGCGGUGGCGGCGGGCGCGUCGGGCUCGGCGGCCGGCGCGGCCCCUCAGCAGCAGCCGCCGCCUCAGCAGCAGCCGCAGCCGGCGGCCGGGGGCGCGGCGGGCUCCGGGGAGGCGGGCGGCGGGGGUGGCGGAGGAGCCGGCGGCGGAGGAGGCGGCGGCGGCGGCGCUGGGCCCGCCGCGGGGUCGGGGUCGGGCGGCGGCGCGGCCGGGGGGGAGUCGUGGUACCUGGCGCUGCUGGGCCUGGCCGAGCACUUCCGCACGUCCAGCCCGCCCAAGGUGCGGCUCUGCGUGCACUGCCUGCAGGCCGUGCUGCCCCGCAAGCCCCCGGCCCGCAUGGAGGCCCGCACCCACCUCCAGCUCGGCUCCGUCCUCUACCACCACACCCGCAACGGCGACCUGGCCCGCGGGCACCUGGAGAAGGCGUGGUUGAUAUCCCAGCAAAUCCCCCAGUUUGAAGAUGUUAAGUUUGAGGCAGCCAGCCUUCUGUCUGAGCUCUAUUGUCAGGAGAAUUCUGUGGAUACAGCAAAACCUCUGCUCCGUAAAGCCAUCCAGAUUUCCCAGCAGACUCCCUACUGGCACUGUAGAUUGCUUUUUCAACUUGCACAACUACACACACUUGAAAAAGAUCUAGUAUCUGCAUGUGACCUUCUGGGAGUGGGAGCAGAGUAUGCUCGGGUGGUGGGAUCAGAAUAUACCAGGGCCCUGUUUCUGCUAAGCAAAGGGAUGCUGCUUCUGAUGGAACGGAAGCUGCAGGAAGUGCACCCGCUCCUCACCCUCUGCGGGCAGAUCGUGGAGAACUGGCAAGGAAACCCCAUCCAGAAAGAGUCCUUACGGGUGUUCUUCCUGGUCCUGCAGGUCACACACUACCUGGAUGCUGGGCAGGUGAAGAGCGUGAAGCCGUGCCUGAAGCAGCUCCAGCAGUGCAUCCAGACCAUCUCCACCCUGCACGACGAUGAGAUCCUGCCCAGCAACCCUGCUGAUCUCUUUCACUGGCUGCCCAAGGAGCACAUGUGUGUGCUGGUCUACUUGGUGACAGUGAUGCAUUCCAUGCAAGCAGGGUACCUGGAGAAGGCUCAGAAGUACACAGACAAAGCACUGAUGCAGCUGGAGAAGCUGAAAAUGUUGGACUGCAGCCCUAUCCUGUCAUCUUUCCAAGUGAUUUUGUUGGAACACAUCAUCAUGUGCCGACUUGUCACGGGACACAAAGCCACAGCAUUGCAGGAGAUUUCCCAAGUCUGCCAGCUCUGCCAACAGUCUCCCAGGCUGUUUUCCAACCACGCUGCCCAGCUGCACACUCUGUUAGGGCUCUACUGCAUUUCUGUUAACUGCAUGGACAACGCAGAAGCACAAUUUACCACAGCACUGAGGCUCACUACACAUCAAGAGCUGUGGGCAUUUAUUGUGACAAACUUGGCCAGUGUCUACAUCAGGGAAGGCAACCGGCACCAAGAGCUUUACAGCUUAUUGGAAAGGAUAAAUCCAGACCAUAAUUUCCCUGUGAGUUCUCACUGUCUCCGAGCAGCAGCUUUUUACAUCCGAGGUCUGUUCUCCUUCUUCCAAGGAAGAUACAAUGAGGCCAAGAGGUUCCUGCGAGAAACGCUGAAAAUGUCGAAUGCAGAAGAUUUGAAUCGGUUGACAGCCUGUUCCCUUGUGCUCCUGGGUCACAUAUUCUACGUGUUAGGGAAUCACAGGGAAAGUAACAAUAUGGUAGUACCAGCCAUGCAGCUUGCAAGCAAGAUACCAGAUAUGUCUGUGCAGCUCUGGUCUUCAGCUCUGCUGAGAGACCUGAACAAAGCCUGUGGGAAUGCCAUGGAUGCACAUGAGGCAGCACAGAUGCACCAGAACUUCUCCCAGCAGCUGCUCCAGGACCACAUCGAGGCCUGCAGUCUUCCAGAACACAACCUGAUCACGUGGACAGAUGGACCACCUCCUGUACAGUUCCAGGCACAGAACGGACCCACCACCAGCCUGGCCAGUCUCCUGUGAAAGAGGAAAAACUAUCAGGACAGUGUGUUUGAAAAGGAGAAAAAAAAGACCAACAAAAACAGAAACCACCAACAUGCAAAAUCUUUUCUUCAAAGAAAAGGCAGCAAACUCCUCUGGUAGUGAGGGCCUGGUAGGAAACAGAUUGCAAAAAGACAACGUACAUUUCAUAGACUGGCAAAGUGAGAAGGGCAUUUUAAGCUGCUUUUACAUGGUGUGUGAAUAUACAGCUAGUGUGUAUAUACCUGCUGGUUUUAAUCUGCUUUCCUCUUACUGAGAAUUAAGGUUUAGUCCAAAGGACACUUGUUCCUUCAAUUGUUAGAUACCUACUUUUUAAAAAACUGUCCCAGGAAGCGAAGAGGACUCGCAGAGUUUUGAAUACCAGUUGUAUUCCCAAUCCUUUUUCAGCCAGUUGGAAUGUUUGCUGUGCCCUUCCACUCCUGGGAAGAAUUGGGUUGAAAUCGUGAUUGAUUGUAGGGUUGCCCUGAAGUUCUACAUGUAGUUUCUGAGGUGAUGCCCUUCCCUCCUCACCGAGUGCAGCCCUUGGCAGGGCUGUUUGGAGUGAGUAUGAGGUGGGUGAGCUCUGAGCUCUGAGGGGCAGGGUGUUGGUGUUUGCAGCCAGGGGUGCUGGUGUCCUCAGGGAGUUCUCCAGGCUGAGCUGAGCAGGUUCCACCUCCCAGAUUCAUCCCUGUGUGACAACGUGCCACCACUUUGUCCCUGGGAGGAUCUUCCUUCUGUCUCCCUGCCCUGCUGCCCAGUCCUGGGUAGGGCAAAGCUGCAGCUCUCUCCAUCUCAGCUGCUUAGUUGGGAUCUGUAGGGAAGGAGGAAAGUCCUUGUCCUGUGUUGAGUCCCUCUGGGGCCAAGCAACUGGGGAACAAGGUUUUGCAUCCCACCUGCAGCGUUGCCAAGGGGAGGCAGCAUCUGUGCCUUAAUGAUCUCUACAUGGGAUUGAAGUCAGAGUUAAACUAGAUGGUUCAAACCCAGACCCAGUAUAAGCCAGAGGCUUAUAAAAAACUAAACUGUCGUCUUACCCUUGGCAAAAACCAGGACAAUUCCCACCUUUUCUAUGUUAGUUUUCCUGUUCUCAGUUGUUUGUUACUUUUUAACUCUUUAGCUGUGAAUUCUCCCUGCCUUUGCCUGUGUCUCUGCAGCUGUCUCAGGACAGGAGAGGAGGCCCAGGUUGGUUCUGCAGAAAACACUCUGGGAGUUGUUAAUUCCAUGAAGCAGCAGCAGCUUCAUAGCCAGGAUCUGUGGCAGCCCAACCUGGUGCUGUGUGAAGCUUGUGAGGUUCCUGGGGUUGAAUAAAGGUGUUUUUUUCUCUCUUGGUAGCUCCUGCAUAUUUAUCUCCCAAAUUCCGAGGUGGAGGGGAAAGGAAUCUGCUAGGAAAAUGACUUUUAUAGGGUUUUCUCUGCUUCUUUUUCUGAGGGAGGAGAAUAUUUUAAAGGAAAUGCUUGAUUCCCCCCCUCAAACCUUUAGAACUUUAAUUGGAGGAGGAAUGCUGUGAAAUCUUUUUUGGUCAUUCUUUCCCAGCCUCGUCCCCUGGGUAGCCACAGCUCACAGAGACACUUGCUUUUUGUAGUUCAGAGCCCUCAGUUUCUACCACUGAAGGAUGUGAAGGGGACAAGGUGCUUGUCCAGUUACCAGCCCAGGGUUUUGUUCCCUUGGCUGGACGGGCAGUGCUGAUUUGGAUCCUGUUCUCAAACACAUCCUCUUGCAGGUGUAUUUUAAGCCUUGUUAAAUGUGCAAUGGGGAUAACAGGGCCUCAGUGUUAGUACAGGGAGAGAGCCUGGUACUUGGUGCUGUCUGGAGUCUCCCUUAGAGCUCAGAAAAAUAGGAAAGAAACCUAAGUUAGCAUAUAGGACAUUUGGGGAUACCAAACACAGGGAGAAUCCACGGGGAUGGGCCGUGUUCUGCAUCGCGAGCUCCUUGAGGUGGUGUUCUCUGAGGUCUGUCCUGUUCCCUUUGAAUCCCACAGCUGGAAUUCCCAUGGAGCUGCCGGCUCCAGGGGCAGGAGCCUGUCCCCACGCCAGCCCCUCGGUGGCAGCACUGCCCCUGGGGCCCUGGCUCGUAGAGAGGAGGUGGCUCCACAGCUGCUCAUCCUGGUCCGAGGCAGCCCUGCCGAGCUGCAGGCGCAGGUUAGAACAACCCUGAGCUGUCCUCUCCUUGGAUUGUGGUCAGGAAUGAUCAGGUAAAUUCUACCUUGGGAAUAUCAAUAUCCCGUGUGUGGUGUGUGUGGGAAGCAGUGUCACUCCUUGGUUCUUCCCUCUCUAAGUCACUGAGUUGCAAGAACUCGGCACCCAAAUUCCAUGGCUGUUUUCCUGACAGUGCCUCAGCAGCUGAGGAAUGACCAGUGGCUGGAAAAGAUGGACUUCAGAGUCCCAUCCAGGGGAUCCAGGCAUUCUUAGUCUUGUCUUCAUCCAGUCUGAGGCUGUUACUUAACUGAUGCCCAUGGCUGCCACAAAAACUACCUUCAGAUGCCACAAAAAGUGCUGCUUCUACGAGGAAAUAUUUUUUAAAAUCUCUGUUCUCAAGAGCUGUGGUUUGGGCUGAGUUGAAGAAAAGCAUUUUGCAGCAGUGCCUGUUCAGGGAGCUGCAUCUCCUCACCUCCCCCUGCUGCUCAGGGCCUGCAGGGCUGGAGGUGCUGCUGCAGGAGAGGGAUUUCCAGCAGGAAUUUUCUGCCUUUUGGUCAGUCCUUGUGUGUGUGUGAACCAGGCUGCUGGGGAAGGUAAAUCCCUGGCUGGUCUGUCCUCGGGAGGGAAGGAGGCACUUGAGGGCAAGGCUGCCUGCUUCUGGUGUGUGUGUUGAACAGGAACCAUUGGCUAAACAACCUGUCCUGUCAGGAGGAGCCACCUGAGGUUUCCCCAGCUCCACUCGGGCUUUGCUUUUUGUGCCACUGUCACCCACAGCCCCGAGGCAUUCAGAGCUCCCAGAGUCCUCUCCCCAUCACAGAAUUCCCCAAAUCAUGUAAAUUUGAAAAUAACUGGGUGAUUUUCUAUCUCUGAAAUUCAAUGUACAUUUGUUACAAUGUACAGUGCUUUUUAACGACACUUGUAUAUUAAAUUAUUUAAUAGUUUUUGCUUUUCAGUAUCUUUUGUAUGUAGCAGAGAUGAAAACAAGGACCUCAUAACUGAAGUUCUUCCUAAUUUUCAAAUGAGUCUGUAAAGUUGAACAGAAAACUAGAAGUUUACAGUUUACAAAUAAUCUUCUGUUAAGUGCUUGGUCUGUCUAACUUGAUUUGAACAACCUAUUUCUAAACUUCCUUGUCCAAUCAUUUAAUUCUUUCUGGAAACAAACACGAAGUCUUUUAUGAACUUCUAAAAAAUAUAUAUAUAAUUAUUCUUCUAAAGAUGUAAUUUAGAGAACCUGUACAGUUUUUUCUCUAGUAUUUUUAAAUGAGUAGCCAGAACUUACACAGAAGCAUCUAAUCACUGUUUUUUGUAGAUAGUGUAAAAACUUAUAUAUGUAUAGAGAAUGCAGCCUGAAGAAGUGUUUGCCUGUUGUUUCAUUUCCUACACCAUCAACAUCAGAAAGGCCCAUGUAAAGACAUCUAGAUUUGGCAGCUGGGGGGGAAUAUAAAAUAAAAUGAGUCAUUAAUUUCAUCCCCCACGUGCCAGCUGUGCACUCACUGUGCCACCAGGAGCAACAAUUGAUGGGGAUACAAUGUGAGGGCCUGCAGUGGCUGUGCUGCCUGGGGACAGGGGGGUGCAGCCCCAUCUUACUUCCCUGCUUUUAAGUUUAUUCAGCUUUUCCAAGUUCUCCACUGAGUAAAAUCACAACAGAAGGAGCUCAGUCAUGUCCCGUUUCACCUGAAGGGAUUACUGACCUUUCCCAGUCCUGCUGGAUGAUCCCAUUCCCAUCGUGUCUGGUGGUUCUUCACGGCGUGAGUGAGGAGGGAAUGGUGUUGGUUUAGGUUGUCUGGAACACCUGGAGAAGCCAGGAUGAAAUCCCACCCCUCUGUGCUCUUCUACUGUCUGUCCUAGCAAGUGUAUUUAAUUGUUCCCUGCAGUGACCCCCGGGGUGUUCCCUGGGGUUUGUACCAUGUGUUGUCCCGUGUCUGUAGCUCUCCAGCUGUAGCAGGACCUGUUCCCUCUGCCAGUGCUCCCUCCUGACCCUGUAAAUACAGGAACCCGCGGCACGGGAUGGAACCGGGGGCGUGACUUGGUUGCCUUUGUUUCCUCUCAUUUUCUAUAUUAGAAGAAUUUUUAAAUAAAGUUUUAAUUUUACUUCUUCUA